UCCGCACGCGGAAGGAAACCCGCCAUUGAAGCAAUCUCACAACGUGAGCGUUUCGUUAAAGUGCACUCUUGAAAAGGUGCAAAUUUUUCUUCUAAUACCUACCGCUGGUAUUUUGUUGGAGCCAUGGCGUACAGAGGACAAGGACAGAAGGUCCAGAAGGUUAUGGUGCAGCCCAUUAACCUAAUUUUCAGGUAUCUACAGAAUCGCUCACGGAUCCAGGUGUGGUUGUAUGAACAGGUGAACAUGCGGAUAGAGGGCUGCAUCAUUGGUUUUGAUGAGUACAUGAACCUGGUACUAGAUGAUGCUGAGGAGGUCCACAUGAAGACCAAGAACAGAAAGCCGCUGGGGAGGAUCAUGUUGAAGGGAGACAACAUAACCUUGCUGCAGAGUGUGUCCAACUAGGACAAUGAAGACACCUACACAUUUUACCUUUCCUAGAAAGACACAUGUUGCCCUCUUUUGUUUUUGCUAAUGGUGUUGAGUAUGUUUGUGUUUCUGUAACAUGAAUAUUGUUUCUUUCUAUCACAUGAUUUCAUUUUGAGAAUAAAGUUUCUUUUCUUACAGUU